AAUAUAAUGUAACUGUUUUUAAAUGUUUUCCUAAAAGUAAUGACUCGAUUUAAAUAAUGUUUUAAAAGAAUUUGACGAAUAGUUUAAAAGAUUUUAGUUACUAAAACAUUUCAAAUUAAGAUGAUGCAUUUUGCUAUUUUAGUGAUUACUAUUACAAUAAGUACUAUAAGCUUUGUAAAAACAACUUACAGUACUCCUCUUAAAGAAGAUUUGGAAAAAUUGAAACUUUAUUCACAAUGGGAAUACAUAAAAUAUAGUCCUGUGGAGACUGGUAAUAAUUGUAUUACAUUCAGCCAAUAUGUUCGAGAAGCAAUCGAAGGUGAAUCAAAAACUUUAAUAAGCAGUGCCUAUUGGAAAUGUAUGGAAUUAAUGUGCGAUAGAAUAAACAGAUAUGUGUUUUUACUGACUCUUUAUAGCCACAAAGCAAUUAAACUUGGGCAAACACCUUCUUGGGUAUUAGAAAAAACUGGAGUACCUUUAAAAAUGCUACUGAAAGUAUUAAAACGGUUAAAAUUAGACAAAGACAAUAGUAAAUUAAAUACAGUUGAAAUAUUAGAAAAUUUAAUUAAACCCGAAGAUAAAAAUAAGUUGUAUUAUGAUAUGAAUACGAUGAUUCAAAAAUUUGUUUUUCACUUUCUAGAUACUUACAAUAUAUUUAAGCCUAAUGUGUUAAACUAUUUAUUUUCAAAUUCAAAAAAUUUACAUACCAUAAAUAUACCUGAGCCUUUUUUAAAACAGGUAUUCCCUCAAUUUCCUCAACCUAACAGUGAAUUUUAUUCCAUACCUCAAGAUUAUAAUGAAGUUAUUAAUAAACUAGAAGAGAUCGUUGAACUUGUGAAAACGGAAUACGAAAAUGAAGAAGUCUCAGAAACAGAAUAAAAAUGGGCAGAUUCCAUCUCAGGGAUGAAUCAUUUUGUUGUUUUUAUUUUAUUUUAUUUCUUAAACUUAAUUGAAACAAUAGUUAAAUUUUGUUUUUAUAUCGAAAGGAUAUGUUUAUUCAAUACUAUUGAUUUUAAUACAUUGUUGUUGUUAUUGCUUUUAAAUAAAAUUAUUUUAUUGAUUUGCAAAAAAUUA